CCCAAAUCUGCACGUCUGAAUUUCUGAAAAGAAAUAUGAGAAUGGAUAUUGGAGAAUGGAGAUGAUGCACGAAGAACAGUUUUUGUACUGUUCUGUUCUUAGCCUAGAAUAUAGGUUAGACUUUAUUCGUGACUCAUUCCUCUUAUAUUUGGUCUAUUGCUUUCUAGGCCUAUAUUAAAAGAAUAAUUUGACAAAAUGCUAGUUAGAAAACUAGCAAAACUGUGGCGGCAGAAGUCUCAAAGUAAAAGUGAAAGUGGGGUGGAUUCUGAGAGACAGGUUGAAGAUGAGAAAAGUGAAGAAGAAAAAUUGUUAAUUGCUGAAUUAAAUAAAAGAAAAUUAGAGAAAGAUAAGCUGGUGGCUAAAAUAAAGCAAGAAAAACAUGAAGCAGAAGUUUUGAUGUCAAAAAUUAAGAAAAAUAAGGAAGAUAAAGAUGAUCUGAUUACUCAGCUUAAGCAACAUGGUAACGAAAAUGUGGUAACACGUGAAGAAGAACCUGGAAAAUUUCAGAAGUUAGUUACUUCCAUAAUGCAGGACACUCAAAAUAGUAAGCUGAAACUAGACAAAAUAUCUGAACAACGGGAGUUAUUUCUAAGAAAGUUGAAAGUAGAGAUGGAUGAGGACAAAGAGGAGGUAAAGGUCAAGAUGGAAAAAGAGGGCAACAUACACAUGCUGAAACUGAGACAGCAGGUUCUUGACAAUAAUGAUCAACUUACGAUGGCAUCUAAACAAGAUGAUGACAUGUUUCUGAUGAAUGUUCGGCAUCAAAUGAAUGAAGACAAAGACAACUUGAAAAUGAUGUUUGAACGGAGUGAAGAAAUGUCGAAAAGCAAACUAAUACAACGUGACAUGGAGAAAAAGGCUUUAGACCUUCAGCUUCAACAAAGAAUUGAAGAGAACAAAUCUGAAAUACAAGAAUGGGAAGAUCGAAAGAAAGAGUUGAUCUUUGAUCUUAAAUCAUUAAACGAAGAGAAAAGGAGUCAACUUAGGGAAAGAGAAGCUAAAAGGGAGGAGUUAAUGUUAAAACUGAAACAAGAAAGUGAAGAAAAUGCUUCAAAAUUAAAGGCAAGAGAAAGUGAGCAACUGACAAUGAUGGAAAUACUGAAGCAGCAGGAGGAAGAAACUAAAUCAAAACUAAAUAAAAGUGAAGUAACGAAACAAGCAUUUAUGAAUAACCUGAUGUCACAAAGAAACGAAGAUAAAGAUGAUCAGAUAAACAAAUUCAAGAAAGCAACGGCAGAAAAAUUGUUGAAUACACAGCAAAGAGAUGAAGAGAAAAGAGAGGGUAUGAUGGAAGUGAGCAAGCGUUAUCAAAACAAAAUAUCAGAAAUGAAACAAAUGGAUGAUGAAAUGAAGCAGAUAAUGGCAGAGAUGAAAGAAAGGGAUGAAGAGAAUGUGUCUAUAAUCCAGAAGAUGCAAGCAACAGUUAAAGUUCCAACUGCUACAGACAAUGGUAUAAGAAAGUUAAUUCCGAAACUUAAGGCAAUUGAGCAAGAGAGAAAUCAGUUAGUUUCUUUGAUAAAGCAAGCUAAAGAGGAAAAUAAAAUGUUAAUUGUGAGGGUAGCUAAAAGUGAGAAUGAAGAUCAGCUAAAAACCGAUGAAAGAAGAGAAGAAAUGGAGGAAUUGUUGAAAAGUCUUCGGAGAAAUGUCGAAGAUAAAAAAGAUUUAAUGGCUACCAUAAAGCAGGCGGAAGAUGAGAAAAAUUUAAAGGAAAGGUUGAAACGUACAAAUUCAGAGAAAGAGGAAUUGAUGGCUAGAAUAAAGCAAGCAGGAGGUGAGAAGGAUCUGAGGGAAAUGUUGAAACAUAGAGAUUCAGAAAAAGAGGAAUUAAUGGCUAGAAUAAAGCAGAUAGAUCAGGAAUAUUAGCUUUAUUGCCACGUUCCGCUAACUAUGGUAAAAAUCCCAAAAAUGAGACACUCAAAAAUCACAGUGACGCUGACAUUUUCAGAGCGGCUAAUUCUAUUUAAAUUUUACAGUUGAAUAAUCGAAAAGUACCACUACACAAACAAAUUAGGAACGAGAUAAUAAUAACAAAUUGGACACUAAAUUUUAUUUUCUCUUACACCUCUCAGCAGAUGAUUGCAAAAUUUGCCAAGGUUUCAAAAUAAUUCAGAAAGAUCAUUCCUACUUUAUUUAUUGAACUAUGAUUCUGAAUGUUCAGUAUAAUGUAUUACAUCAAUUGUGUUUGAUUUUGACUGCAAAUUAUCUGUUUGCUUUCUCAAUUCAAUUGUAUUGAUAUGGAAAAGAUGGUAUUUUGAAGACAUCUCUUUUAUAUCUCAUUCAUUGAUAGCAUCUUGCUGCUUGAGAUGUAUUGAGUUAAGAAAAAAAAAACUUGAAACAGCCCCAAUAAUCUUGUACUGAACAUAAUGCAGUAUACUAUAUC